AGGAAAGUUGAGCCGGAGGAGACUGUUCACUCAGUUGAGGUUCAGGGAAGAAAAACUCCCUGCCCUCGCCCUCCCUGACUGCGGAAAGCGCCACACUCCCUUCGCCCCAGAGGAGCCCCCCACCGGCAUCAUGAACAUCUUCCGCAUCCUGGGGGAUAUCUCCCACUUGCUGGCCAUCAUUAUUCUCCUCCUGAAGAUCCUGAAGUCCAAGUCCUGUGCCGGAAUCUCUGGGAAGAGUCAGAUUCUUUUUGCCCUUGUCUUCACAACCCGCUAUCUGGACCUGUUCACAAACUUCAUCUCUGUCUAUAACACUGUGAUGAAGGUCAUUUUUUUGAUAUGUGCCUACGUCACCGUGUACAUGAUCUAUGUGAAAUUCCGGAAAACAUUUGACAGUGAGAACGACUCUUUUCGCCUCGAGUUCCUGCUGGUCCCUGUCACAGGCCUGUCAUUUCUGGAGAACCACAGCUUCACCCCCUUGGAGAUACUUUGGACCUUCUCCAUCUACCUGGAGUCCGUGGCUAUCCUUCCUCAGCUCUUCAUGAUCAGCAAGACAGGGGAAGCAGAGACCAUCACGACGCACUACCUUUUCUUCCUGGGCCUCUACCGUGCUCUCUACAUUGCCAACUGGGUCUGGCGCUACCACACGGAGAAUUUCUAUGACCAGAUCGCUGUAGUCUCUGGGGUGGUACAAACCAUCUUCUACUGUGACUUCUUCUAUCUAUACGUCACCAAAGUCCUAAAAGGAAAGAAGCUAAGUCUCCCCAUGCCUGUUUGAAGACAUUCCACAACGCAAGACAUUCUGAAGACAAAGCUUUUAAGAUCACAGCUUUCCUUCCCUGGCCCUUUUUGACUAACGGAUGGCUCAGCCAAGUUUCAACCUGGUGACAGGAAGAUGAGGCUUGGAAAGCUGAAAUGCUUUUCAUCCACAAGACUCUUCCCCUCCAUUUUUUUAUUUCUUCUCACUUGAAUUUGGUGCUAGUCCAAGUAGUGCUGGCCAAUACUGAAGUAGUGCAAAUUAUUCUCUCCUGGCUCUUCCCAGCACCUACCUCCAGAACACACCUCUACCUUGAACGUGCGGCACAAGGAGUAUAAGGGAAUUUUUAACUCCCUUUAGUCCUUUGGCAAGUCCCUGUGGUAAAGGGACCACGGUACUAUUAAGUCUGAUAGCACAGACAAAAGCCGCUGACCUAUUUCACAGGUGGUCACAUCUGACACAGCAGAUGCUACAAACUGUUAUUUUAACUCUGUAUGAACUAACACCCUCUUCAAAAUUAAGUCUGCCUGACCCUCUCUCUAUUCAGAUCCUGUAACAUUCAGGAAAAACACAUUCCCUUUGAAUGAUAUGAAUCUUCCAGUUCCACAAGUAUUCAAACAUCCUCCCCACUCACUCACUUUCAGUUCCUCAUAUCCUACAGAUGGGGAUAAUUUCAGUUAAAAUUCAGUGGGUUGCCAAGAGGUGUUUCCAUCUCCUUGAAUUUGACUUUAAGAACUGGGAAGAACAGGGGCAAA